AUGCUGCAGCACCCAGAGUGGCUGCUGGAGAAGGAGGAAGAAGUGGAUUGGGGCAAGAGUCGAGGAACCGUCCUGGAUGCUUCGUACAAGACGCUUCCCACAAUUGCCCCGCUUACGGCGAUGCCAACAUUCACACACCUGACUGUCCUCUGCCUUCGAGAGAGCGGUGUGAUUGACAUUGAGCUCUUAGAGUUGUGCAACCGCCUUGUUCACCUGGAUUUAUCUUCAAACGAGGUCGUCCAUCUGGUUGGUGGAGAGUUCUGGGCUUCUUUUCCGGACCUGUUGGUUUUAUUGCUACAUGGAAACAAGGUGGCGGAGUGGCGAGCUGUUGGUGGGCUAGGAAAGGCACCAAAGCUCACAUACUUGACGCUGUUCUUCAAUCCCGUCUGCAAGAGAAGGAUGUACCGCCCGUUCACCACGAAUUGCUGCGAAUCCCUGCGCGGCCUGGAUCUUCACGCCGUUUCAGACGAAGAGGUCAUCGAGGAGUCUGAAUUUUUCAGAGCGGGUCGUUAUAGCACAUGCUCAAGUGCGCUUGCCCUCCCGCAACCUCUGUUCAAGGGGCUCACGGAAACGGCCUCCGCGCCAACCCAGCAGGAGGAACAAAGCAGCAGGCCUUACCUCCCAUCACCGCAGCCAACCACCGAGGUUCUCGCUGAGGGGGAUGGUCAUAUGCCCCUACGAGGUGCUCCAAAUCGCGAUGAUUCGAUCUUGGCGAGUGUAAUGCGUCGCGUCCAGCUAUUGCGUAGGUUUCACGCUCGGAACAGCCCCGUCAUCAUAGGCCAGCGUCAGGCUCGACGCUUCCUUGGAGAAAGGUUUGGCGUUGCGGCUGCCGUAAAGAUUCAAGCGCGCAUUCGUAGAUGGAUGGUGGAGAGGAGAGCGGUCGCUGCGCUGAAGAACAUAUUGAGGGAGACCGGCGAACUGUACCUUGUGCAGGAAAUGAUGACACCAACACAGCUGCGCAGUCUCGCGUGGUUCCAGCGACGGAUCGCGGGUCACUUUCGCUUCAAGGCUCUUGUCACAUGCGUCAGGACACUCGAGCGUUUCGUGGGAAAAGUGUCGACAAAGUUUUCCACCUUCGUUGACAGCCUGGAGCAUGCCCAAGUUGGAGGAGUCGUCGUGUCGCACGACCAAUCUGGGGAGCUCGCGGCAGCUGUUGCCAAAGCCUUGAUGGUUACUACCCCCGGGUUGUCCUGGAUAGAAGCCAGCGAACGCACGGCAACGAUGGUCACCACAGUAUCUGACUGCAGGCUUCUUCGGCCGUUUUCUUUCGUUGAAAUGCCGGACUGGCCCGUCUUGGAGAAAGACGUGGACACGGACGGCUUGUUUGUUUCUCGAUCGGCAGCUUGCUCCGGUACCCGCGCCAAGCUUCCCGGGGUUGGUCCUUAUAUGCUCGAGGCGAGCAAUACUCCCCCCCGGACCCAGGGGCUUCGAGAGACGCGGCCCGACUCACGCGUGCCAACUAGGUUGGGAGUAUUUGGGAGCCCGAGAAUCCAGGAGUGCAAGGUGUCACGAAGAAAUUGCGCUGUCCGGAAAUUCUGCCAAGGGUCCGCAGCAGCGAAGCGACGCGCCACAAUGAACGCCAGGCGUGACGUGAACAAGCAGCUUUGGGCUUUCCGACCACUCGCGGUUCGCUUGCUGGCCCGCGUGCUGCGUACCCUGCGCAACGAAUCCAUGGGCAAGCCGCCAGUACCGUUCAUCCUGGAGCGGCAGCUAUUGAGGUGUGCGUCGGCUACGCGAAUCCAGGCGGCGUGGCGGGGCCAUGUUCUGCGAUGGACUCUGUCAGAUACGCUGGCCUCGUGCGUAAUCGUUUCUCGAGCAGGAGUCUGCAUCCAGCGCUGGUGGCGGUACCAGACAGGGCUCGCCCUUCGCCUGCGGCUAUGCCGGCGUCUUUGGGCUCUCGCAUCGGCCGUGUCGAGCCCUACCUUGUAUGUCGAACUUGAUGUGUUCUACACCUUGAUUCGUGGUUGGAAGUGGGACGGUGAUGAAGAUGGCGUUGCGUUUUCGUUUCAGAGCGGGAACAGGGUGGCUGUCAUGUCAAGCUUUAGCGAUCCGCCAUCUGGUGCUCUCGGCUCGAAGGGGGCGAACGAUCUUGCUGGGCACGAGAAAAGAAGAGGGUUAGUGGUAAGCCAUAGUGCUGCAAGGGAUACUGACAGACAUACGCGAGAACUGCCUUUGUGGACACUGAAAAGCAUCGUUCGACAGGUUUUACCAUCCAAGAUCCGUCAAGGUGCAGUAUUGACCCAGGUGGGAGCAUUAAUCACUGUCGAUGUCAAGGCAAAGAAGGUGAUUUGGCCCUUAGCGCCCGCAACCACGGACACGUCAGAACCAGCCGAGGGCGGCGAUGUCGGAGAUAUCACAACUUCUUCUGCCCUUGGCCAGUCCAACGGAACUCGUGAAACCUCGUCGGAAUCUUCCAGCACGGCGAUUUGUCUGACGAGCGCACGAAGUGGGGAGGUCGGCAGCCAAACGCAUCCUACUAGGGCGGUGCCACAGCGUGAAGACUCCGCGGAAGCCGGCCCUCCAAUCAGCUUGCGAACGAAAAAAGGAGACGACGUGGAGCUCUUAGAAUUGACGUUUUCGAGCAUACAAGAAGCAAGGGCACGAGCUGUGUUGCUCGCCCUCGCGACUGAGGAACCCGGCGUAGUACCGAAUCGAGCCGUUGCGCAACUGAUGACAUUGGGCAUGCUGCGCCGGGCAGCUGCUGGCGAGCAAGGCCAGGCUCUACCUAUCCUGAAAACACCCGCGCAAGGUUUUCGACGAGGGGAUGCUGUGGAAGUGUCGCUAUUUAGACUGUCCGAGGGGCGAGGCGGUGCCUGGUUCCCUGCGGUCGUUGAUCGAAGAAACGGCUAUAGUACCACAUAUAAGGUCACCCUGGAGACCGGUUAUGUGGAGCACCACGUCCCAGAGGGAAGCAUGCGCCCGCGUGACUGCACGGGAGUGGAACCUGCGCUCGUGGAAAUGAGCCACAUCCCCUCUCGAUGGCAAUGGAACGCGCGGUCCCUCCUCACGCCUGCUGACCGUCUAGAGUUGGAGCUCCUGCGCCGGUCGCUACCUACCACAACAAUGACCACGCCCUCGGUGGGAGAACGACCAUUAGAGCUCCUGAGCGCCAACCCUCGGAGAGAAGCGGACGCGUGCGUGGCCGCCGAGGAGCUGCGGCGGUUCAACGGGUUGGGCGGUAGGGGGCUCGUCCUAGGUGAUCCUCGACCGAUUUCACCGGGUAGCCCUGUCGGGCGUGCUGACCCCCGAGCCAUGGGUCCUUCUCCUCCACGGUGGGCGGGCUCUCAGACCAUGGCGGCAGCAAGAACGGCGGGUGGUUUGGCGGCACGAGCUCUAGAGAAAGUAGCCAGAGCGGCCGUGGCCGCCGAUGCAGCGGCCGCCACCAGCACCUGGGUGCCCGGGAACCGAUUCAGGGUAGGUCUUGAGAAACUGGUACAGAUGGCUGCGCACGAGGCCCAGGAUGCAGCGAAGGAGGUGGAGCUCAGCGCCAGACGAGAUACAGUCUCGAGGGCGAGACAGACAGAGCGCAUUGAACCUUCGCCGCGAGACCGGGUGGAGAAGUUGAAGGCGGCCGAGGUUGCGAUAUUUCGUCGUGAAGCCGAUGAAAUUAAUCGAAGAGCUGCCUUGGAAAGAGCGAUUCAUGACCACGAGUUGAAGGUCAACGCUGCGGAGGCAAGGGAGUACAUGCGGGACGGUAAAAGGCUCACAGCUGAGUCUGUGAAAGCUGAUCUCGAAAACCAAAAGUGUAUCAUUAAGAAGCGAGAGAGCGACGUGGAGGAAGAACGCCAACGAAAUCUCGAUAAACGGAACGCCGACGUCGAUUCUGCGAAGGCGCGAGUGGCACAGCGGCGGAAGGAUCAUGCAAAGCAGGAGUUACGCCGUGCGGAAAGCAACGCGUUCACGGCCAACGCCUCUCAGCUUGCAAGGCACGUACGCAAGCACGCGGCAGUAUCAUACAGAGCGCAGAACACGAGGGGGAUGCGGCGGUGGGCCAAGGGCAACAAAAAUGACGAGGAAGAUGGGCGGCGGAGGAUGUUGAGGCGUGUUCAAGAGCUUCAGGAACAGAAAAGGAAAGAAGGAACAAAGCUGCGACGAGUCCUUGCUGCUCGCAGCAGGGCAAGAGUUGCCAUGGACGAAGCCGUGGUGCGCCACCGCGUCGGGCAGACCGUUUCCAUGGGGGACGGUGUUCUGGCGGAGACUGUCAUGCACGUAUUACGGCCCAGUGGCGGGGCACAGGGGCCCAAGGGCGAACAGGUGGACGUCGCAAUGCACGAAGACGACGAGAGCAGGUUGGGAUCUUUUGGUACAGGGGAUGGCGGCAAAGACCCUCGCAGAGUCGGAAGCUUGAGGGAACGAAGACCGGACAACAACGUCACGAUCAGCAGCUCUAUGGCUACACGCGGAGGCCCCUAUCCCUCCAAGCCUGAGACAACCCGCCCACCCCUUCGUGAACAAACUAGCCGACGCUUGCGCGCGAAUGAUACGGGUAAAACAGUGGUGGUCCUUGCCAGCGUCCCUACCGUGACGAGAGAAGCACGAGCGAGUAGACCGUUACAGGGGACAGGUGGGGCGGCCUUGCUCGGCUCGACGAGUAGUCACUCGAUGAUAUCCCCCAACAGGGACGUAGGAGCGGCGCCCAACGCAACGUCCGACCAGACAGCUUUACCCUGGCCAUUGGGGCGCCGCUGCUGGUGA